AUGGAGGGCCUCGCCUACAUCUUCAUUCUCGUCCUUCUGGCUGGCCCGGCCGCCCCAUCCCUCGUUCCCGCCGGCCAGAAGUGGCAGAAGGCUACGGCCACGUGGUACGGCAGCCCGGAGGGCGACGGGAGCGACGGCGGCGCGUGCGGCUACGGCUCUCUGGUGGACGUGAAGCCGUUGAGGUCCCGGGUCGGGGCGGUGAGCCCGGUGCUGUUCAAGUACGGGGAAGGGUGCGGCGCGUGCUACAAGGUGAAGUGCUUGGACUCGUCGAUAUGUACGAGGAGGGCCGUGACUGUCAUUAUCACCGACGAGUGCCCCGGCGGGUACUGUUCCAACGGCCGCACCCAUUUCGACCUCAGCGGGGCCGCCUUCGGACGGAUGGCCGUUUCCGGCGAAGGAGGUCAGCUGCGCAACCGAGGCGUGAUUCCGGUCAUCUUCAGGAGGACAGCGUGCAAGUAUGGCGGGAAAAACAUAGCUUUCCAUGUGAAUGAAGGAUCAACGGACUAUUGGCUCUCGGUUUUAAUUGAAUUUGAGGAAGGAGAUGGUGAUGUUGGAUCUAUGCAAAUAAGAGAGGCUAAUUCGAAUGCAUGGCUAGAGAUGACACACAUAUGGGGCGCCAAUUGGUGCAUUAUUGCUGGGCCUCUGCAAGGCCCGUUCUCCGUGAAGCUCACGACACUGUCGACCGGGAAAACACUGUCGGCAAGGGAUGUCAUCCCCCGGAAUUGGGCCCCAAAAGCCACCUACACCUCCCGUCUCAACUUUUAA